AUGGCUCCCCUUCUGCUUCUUCGUCUUCUUCGAAAUCAGACAGCCGACUUGUGUCACUUCCUCAGCCUUGUUGCUGGGCUUUUUGCACCCCCGUCUCUCCUUAGGAAUGCGCUCAUAUCCCGUGACAUUGCCUCCGCAUCGCGACAACCUGCGGCCCUUAUCCUGGGUCAAAUCACGGCUGUCGUGAACUUUGUUAUCGGAGCUUCUCAGACCCCGCUUCUCUCUGCACGCUUGCACAGGCCCGCCUCGAUGCUGCAUGAACGAUCUGCAAUGCCCAACACCACUUCCACUGCCCGCCUUCGAUAG